AACUUUGUGUGUGCGUAGGCGCGGCAUUUACCUCGGGAGCGGGCUUUUCGUGUCGUUCCUUAUCAUUACAACUUGACAUUUUGUUUUCGACUUUGCUAGUGAAUUCCCUCAACGUUCGUAUAUCGUGGGCCUUGUGUUACCGUCAGGCGUGAGUUUCUGGGGAAGCUGCGGAAAGUCUGUGCUUCCGUGACAGCUUACCUGGAGGGCUACGUAUUUCGCGGCGUGCACCCAUGGAGCCUGCAUUCCUGAAGCGUGCGUCAGAAUCGCGUCAAUUGAUAAAUGUAAUCGAGGCGCUUAUCUGCACAUGGAAGUAGCGUGCACCGCCAAUUGUGCAUCAGGCCUGAAGAUGUUGCAGCAGAUCUUGAAGGACAUGUACAUUGACCCCCAGCUCCUGGCUGAACUCGAUGAAGAGCAAAAGCACAUUCUCUUCUGCAAGAUGAGGGAAGAACAGGUACGCCGGUGGAAGGAGAAAGAGGAUAAGAUGGAUCAAAUUACAAGGACUGCACCAAGACCAGGGUCAAAGCGGGUGAAUUUCCUUCUUGGAGAGGAUGGCGAACCCUGGACAUGGGUAAUGGGGGAGCAUCCCAAUGACCCCAGCAUUGAUGAGAUACUGGAGCGAGAAGCCAAAGACAAGGCAAGGCAGCAAGCUACACUGGAGACUGUAGAGCAGAUAAAGAAUGUAGAAAACACGCAACAAAUUCAACCUGAAAACAACUUGGAAAUCAAGAUUGACAACCAACCUGUACAGCUGAGGCGGAAGAAGAAGAAUGCGGCUGUUGGAGGGUACUCUUUAGAAAGAGAAGUGGCUGCCUUGCUCGAGGAUUCAGGGGUUCAGACUACCGUUGACCGCAACACGUGGUUGUCACAGAAGCAGCAAGAAAUCAAGAACAGGGAAGAAAGUUUAAAACACAUGGUCGAACAGAGGUCCAACGAAAUUUACCAGGAGAUCAAAGCACAACAACGGAAGAGUUUAGAGGCUGCUGAGAGGGAGAGUGUGGCUCAGGAAGAACUUUGGAUGGAGCAGGAGAAAAAGGCAAAGGAAGUUGAGAAGCAAAUUCGUGAAAUCGCGCGCCUGGCACGGGAGGAGCAUAAACGGGCGCUCUUUGGAGUGAACAAUGGGACCUUCAAUGGCAAAGAGGAACUACUGAAGCCAAGUGUGCCACCCAAAGUCUUCAAUGAGAAGCCACUGUACCUGAACAAUCAGAGAAAUGGAACCAUCCUGCCUUCACACUCUACGUCUAGGAGUAAGGAUGCCAAGCUCUUCACAAAGUCAGAAAUUAUGAACUGGUUCCUCAAUGAAGAAUAUCCACUAGGAGCUGUUGAUGACAACAAUGGAAACAAUCCUGCACUAUGGUUCCAUGGGUUUAUAUCACGCCCAGAGUCUGAGCAGAUGCUGAUGCAUCAACCUGAAGGCAGCUUCUUGGUCCGUGUGCACGAGCGCAUUAAGGGAUAUGUCAUCUCAUACCGAGCAAGUGAGAAAUGCAAGCACUACCUCAUCGAUGCUUCCUUGGGCCACUGCCAGUUCUUCGGCGCCAACCAAACUGUUUUUGCUCGCCUGAAGUAUCUUAUCGAUUACCACGUGAAUAACCCAAUCACAGCAGGUGGACAGGAGCAAUUACUACUUCCCUGCCCAAGAAACAACAGCAAUACUUUGCUUUCUGUACUGUCAUCUGUCAAGCUCUGACUGCAACAUAAAAAGCGAACGUACUGCCUGAGCAUGUGCUCGAAAAUGAACCUGAAGGGCAUUACACACUUUGUACUGCCUUGGAGUGCGUAUCCUGAAAAGGCACAGUGGAAAAUCACGGCUAAUCUGCAGUUAAUCUUCUGCAAACGACGAACACCAGUGAUUUUUUAAGGAUUACUAAGUGCAUCAGUGUCUACAUGAAGGUUACUGUAAUAUAUUAUGUACAUAGAUGCAUGCCUUACCUCUUGUUCACUAUCUACGUGAGAAGCAAACGACAAGUGUCCUUUACUUUCGAUCACACCCCUGCCUGUGCAUGCAACAUUUUAAUUUAAGUGCAUUUUGUCUCGCGAUCCGUGCUGCAUUUGGCAACAGAUUAGUCAGCUUUUGCUAGCCAGUUUUAUGUGAUACUGAUUUUGUAUUUUAACGCGCAAACGUGAACAGAAUGAUUGUUGGACGAAUGAUGAUGUACCAUUUCUUGUUUUGUACCUGUGGCUCAGGGAGCUGCAAUGGUACGUAUCUUGCUUGCCCCAGCGGGCUGGGAGAACUGCGUAUGAAUGUGCCACAGGUUAUGGAAUAAACCUGUCUACUACAACUAUCCAAGACCA